AUGACGCAGUUGUUAAUUACAAUAUUGUGCGCUGCACUCCUGAUCUGCUCCAAUGUAGCGUUUGGGUUUCAAUCGGCGGGUCCUUCUCAUCUGGCAGUGUCAUCUCACUUGUUGAGGAGUCAUCCUCCAUCAUCGUCGACACACCAAAUCCUGGCCACAAAACAAAUCUUCUCGCGCCGUCAAACCAUUCGCUUUCUAUCAUCCGAUCAAGUCGAAGAUAAUGAUCCAUCCAUAAAGAUUGUCAAGAAGAAGGACGACACAUUGUUUGACCUAAAGACGACAUUAUUCUUGGUGGGUGGACAAUCUUUACUCAUUGGUAUCGCUGCAGGCUUUGCCAAGAUGUUCAACAUUCCCAAUUUCGGACUCGGCCCAGAUAUCAAUUUGAACUUGUCGGCAUUACAACAAGGAUUCCUCAUGGCACUUCCAAUGGGUGGUUUGGCAGCCCUAUUGGAUCAAGUGGAAGAUAAGUUUCCAGCACUACAGGAUGUCACUAAGGCGACGCACAAGUCGGUAUUGGCACUGUUGGGUGGCAACUUCAAGCCACUGCUGGGGCUUAUCAUUGCAAUAGCGUUGGGUUUUGCGGCGGGGUUUGGCGAAGAAAUGCUCUUUCGCGGGGUCUUGCAAUAUGGACUGGCGGCCAAAGUGGGGACUGCUGCGAGUUUAGUGGUGGCCAGUCUUAUUUUUGGGGCUCUGCAUGCCGUGACGCCAUUAUACGCUCUGCUGGCUGGGGUUGCCAGUGUCUACUUUGGAUACUUGUAUCUAUCCUUUGGGAACUUGGCAGUUCCAAUCUAUGCGCAUGCACUCUACGAUGUGGGGGCCUUGUAUUAUGCACAUUGGACGGUAUCACAACUGUCAGACGAGGAACAAUCAGAACUUGCUAGCAUGUAG